GAACCUUCCCAACUAUCGAUGCCGUCCGGCGACAGAAAACUCCGCAUGACUUGCUGACCGGAGAAUUUUUGGCGAGCGUCGAUGAAGCUCUUGUACUACGUGUCCUUUUGGCGGAAAUCCGUCCGGCUGCUGGGUCCGGCCGGCGAGGACAUCCAUUUUCAGACGCCUGUCUUGGCCGGAGAAAUCUCCGCGCGGUACCCGGAUCACCGCCUCUUUGAUAGCUGCGGCGCACCUGUUCCUUCCCAUUCGCACCUAAAGAGAGGAAGCACCUAUAUUUUGACCCCAGCCCCAAACAGCAGGCAGGGAGACCGGCGAAGUAGCCGGAGUUCUUCUGCAUCGCCGUCGGAGCUUCGCCGGACAAAAUCAGCAAGGCCGUGGCAUCCGUCUCUCGAAAUGAUCUCGGAGGAUGGCGCGGCAGUCAUCCCGAGGAAGAAGAAGGUGCAGGCCAUGCGGAAACCGGCGAAUCACGGGGCUUCGCGACCGAACAACCGAGACGUAGUCCCAGGGGACGGACUGUACAAGUAUUCUGCUGCUUCUGCUGCACUGAGCAUGCCAUCUUUUGCCCCAUCGCCGUUCCUUUUCUAACCACACCGUUGCCUCUCCCGUUUCCUCACUCUGCUUCAGCAUCAUCAAGGACUUAUUUCAGCAAAUUGAUCAUCGAAGCCAGAAUUUUUAAAUCAACUUUUGUUUCACUUUUGCAUGAACAAAUGUCACACCUGUAAAUAGUGUUUCUUUUAACAUGGUUAUUGGGUUCUGCGAUA